UUUCUCAUUUGGACCUCCCUACAUUCAAAAGGAAUAUUUUCUUCUUCUUCUUUUCAUAAGCUUUUUCAAUGGAGAAUAAUCACCCAAUGUUCUUCCCUAGUGCACCGAUUGUGCAAUCGUCUUCUUCUUUCUCAUCAAACAUGUCAAGUUCUUGUUUUCCUAACGAUCUUUGUAACAAAAAUCCAUUUGGGUUCUUCACAUCAGAGGUAAAAAAUGUUUCUAAUUCUACUACUGCAAGUUUUGUGCUCUCUGGAAAUGAAGCGAAAUCAUCGGGUACGAAGAAAGUUGAGAAGAAGAUUAGGAAGCCCAGAUUUGCCUUUGAAACAAGGUCCCAAGUUGAUAUACUUGACGAUGGGUAUCGUUGGAGGAAAUAUGGUCAAAAAUCAGUGAAGCACAAUAAAUUUCCAAGAAGCUACUAUAGGUGUACUCAACAAGGGUGCAAUGUGAAGAAACAAGUACAACGGCACUAUAAAGAUGAAGGGGUGGUGGUGACAACUUAUGAAGGGGUUCAUACGCAUCCAGUACAGAAGCCUACUGACAAUUUCGAACAAAUCUUGACUACUCAAAUUCAUAUAUUCCCUCCCUUUUAAACCCCCUAACCCUCUUCCAAAAUACUAUUAUCAAUUACCUACCUACCAAUAUA